AUGGUCCAGGCAAACUCGACACCUAUAAAACAGACCGCGCCGACCGCGCCGACCGCGCCGCCCGUCACGGAGAGCCCGGGCAAUUGGAAGCACCCUCGUCUAGCCGAAAUCACCAGGAGACAAAAUAAAACUGCCUUUUCGGGAAAGAACGUCAAAACGAUCGUGUACAGCGUCGCCGCUCUCAUAGCCAUCUGGGUUACGCGGCAGACGGUGCUGCAACAUAUACCAUUUCACCUAAUCCACCCGGACCUGAAGCAGCACAGCGACUGGGCGACCCUCGCGCUCUCAGCAAUCCCCCUUCUCAGCAUCUUCUUAGCACUCCUCCCCCUCCUCCUACCCAAGGACGACCUCUCCGACAUCCCCCUCACACCCGCACAGCGCAAGCUGCUUGGUCUCCCCCCGGCGUCACCGCGGCCCGACACGCCCAACUCGGUGUACAGCACGCCACCGCGCUACUCGCGGACACCGUCGCUCGCCGGGUCGCCCGCCGCCAGGAGCUCGCCUCUGUCCAACAUUGCCAGCCCAGGCUCCGCGUCCAAGCUAGGGGGCGGCGGCCCUUCGCCGUCAAAAUUCGUCGACACCUACUCGCCCUCGUCCGCGAGCCCGCUGCUGCAUAAGGCUGUCAGCGGUGGGCGACGGGCAUCGUUUGGCUCGUCCAGUGCGCUCGGCGCCAGCACCGCGUCGAGCUUGUUUAGUGAUACGCCGUCGCCUCCGACGCCGGCGGGUGGGAAGCGGUCGAGUGUUGGCCUGAAUAGCAAGUGGCUUUAUGAGAAGGGGAGGAGGAGUUCGGGGAAUAGCUGGUUGCAUCAGAACUUCUCAUGAAUCUAUCUACGCUCGGGUUGUAUAUUGAUAGAUGGCUGUAUUCUGUCGUGGGCAUGUCUCAUGCUCUUGGUGCAUGGUCAAUGAGGAGUAAUGGAGCAGGCAGUUGCACUUUACGAGCAGGUAUUACCAGCCCUUCCAUAUGGUGGUGUUGGGUCGCAAAGCAGAGUCCGACACGUUUCCGUAUACUGUCAGCGGAAUUCCCGCGUCCACUGAUAUGUCUCGACUAACAAAGUACAGUAGGUGUAGAUAGUGGCAUGGCCUGGCGUGGCUGAGACUAACUACUUUGUGCCCGACCGUUAACAUGGUAAAACUUGGUACAAAUGCAGCC